CAGCAGCAAUCAUGCUGUCUUGAAAAGUUUCACUUCCUGUUUUUUUUCCCCGACUGAGCGGCUGCUGUCGCUGUGAAGCAGGACAGCUCUUCAUCUCUGCUCUCCAUCAGUAUAUCACUCCACUGCCUGCGCCACAAGACGACUACAAAUGGCCCCCCAGUGGCUGAGCUGCAGUACUGCAGUGUUUCUGCUUUUGGUUCACAUCACUGCAGUUAUCACACAGUCUUGCGGGGGAAACCCAGGGAUCCCUGGGAUACCCGGCACCCAUGGGCCCAACGGCAUGGAUGGUCCCAAGGGAGCGAUGGGAGACCCUGGUGAGGCAGGUCAGCCAAUCAGGGGAAAGAAGGGGUCUCCAGGUCUUUCGGGGCCCCCAGGUCGGCCUGGGCUGAAGGGGGACGCAGGUCUUACGGGGCCUCCCGGUAAUCCAGGCCCGUCAGGGGAAAAGGGAAGACCCUUCAACCCUUCCAACCCUUCCAACCAGCAGAGUUCCAUCUUCUCCUACAAACGGGUUAUAUCACAAGCACCAGAAUUAGAUACCCCCAUGAUCUUCAACAGAGAUAUUUUGUCGGAAUCGGAUGAACAGCCUCAAGGACUAUUGCUGCCAAACGGGACGUUCACAUGCACCAUCAGCGGAGUCUACUUCUUCAGUUAUCAUGUUUCAGCAAAGAGCAGAGUGGGUCUGAAGCUGGUAAAGAACAGCGAGAGUCACAUGACUUUGUAUGGCACAUCCGAGGGUUUCCUGGUCACCUCCGGCUCGGCAGUCAUGGCGCUGGAGGUUGGAGACACGGUCUCGCUGCAGGCAACCAGGUACAACAACAUCGUGACGAGCCAGACCAGUACCAGUCACACUUUCACCAGCUUCCUGAUCUUCCCAAGCGCCUAGAUUCUCUGGACUCUGGUCCACAAAAUCACUGUUUAAAACGCCAAAGCCUUUUUUUGGGACAUUUACAGCAACAAAAUUAAAUAUGUUUUUCUGUAAUCAUGCAAAGAUCAGCAGAAUAAAUAAAGAUUAGCUCAAUAGUGGCACCCCUGCCUUAAAGGACUGUAUGUAUGUUUUUUGUGUUUUAGUCCAUUAACUGCAAACUGUGUGUGCUCUACUAGGGAUGUCCCGAGAACCGAUACUUCGGUACCAAAAUUCUGAAACGUGUCGGUACACCAAUUUUUCACAAUACCGUAGGUACCGGGGGAUGCAAUCUCUCCAGACCUGACAGGGGCAACGCAUAACGUUAAAAAUGUUCUAGACUGCCGCUAAAUGCUGAAGAAGACACCGACAUGCACGGAAAAAGCCAAUGCCCCUCAUCUCCAUGUACAGCUUGACCACAUUCAGCUUCUGGCUUUAUCUUACAGCUACGGCGGCAGCUUUCACGACUUCACCUGGAACUCCCAAACUUCAAGUGAGUCUAUUUAUCUCUGCCGUUGUCUAUCACGCGUGCUCUGAUAGCGUUUGUUUUAACGGACCUCUAUAAUAUCAGUUAACUUUAACCAGCCCAGUUCUUUGUGAAAAACAACAACGGCAGAGAGAAACAGACGUAACUGAACAUGCUUGCUGUCUGGGAGUUCCGGGUCAAAUAAUGAAAGACGGUACCGUACGCUGGCUGUGUGAAAGACGGUACCGUACGCUGGCUGUGUGAAAGACGGUACCGUACGCUGGCUGUGUGAAAGACGGUACCGUACGCUGGCUGUGUGGCAAUGCUAGGCUUCAAAGCAACGGGCUGUGGGCUCCAGAAGAUAUUUUUGUUUUUGUAAAUCACGCUCUCCUUGCCCCUUACACUCCACACCAUAACAGAAAGUUGAAACUAAAAGAAAACACUGAAAGAAGAGUUGAAAUAAAGGAAUUAAUGUUUAAGUAUUAGUAUUAUUUUCUUCCUUUUUUUUUACACACACAUCGUGGUAUUGACUUUAGUAUCGAGUAUUGUGUACUUUUGUUGGUAUUGGUAUCGUGACAUCCCUAUGCUCUACAUUACUGAUUUUCCAAAACAUGUAUAACUAUAUCUUAUGAGCUGUAUGUAAAGGUAAGUCAGAAUGUAUUGAGACACAUUGUUGGAGUUGGCUCUAUAGCUUUAACUCCAAAGCAUACUGAGGAGUAUCCUUAUAAUGUGUAAACACACCUAUAGGACCAAAAGAAAGAACAAAAGAUUACAUCUGCUUAUUUAAACAUGUAAUAAGUUUAUACUUUAUUAAUUACAUUUCAUUCAGCUGACACUUUUAUCCAAAGCGACUUACAAUUAACAUUCACACACCAUUGGUGCAGCAUCGGGAGCAAUUCAGGGUUCAGUGUCUUGCCCAAGGAGACUUUGCCAUGGGACUGCAGGGCCAGGGAUCAAACCACUGACCUUUCAAUUGGUAUAUACUAUACUACACUAUAGGUUUAAGCCCAUAUAUGUCUUAUAGUGUAAAAAAGGAUGAUCUUGCCUUCUCUUUAUCGCUUUGUCCAUAAUUCCCAACAAUGCUUCCCAGGUUUGUAAAUAUGUCCAAUUAUCUGCAUAAUAGGAAUAAAACUGCAUUUCUGGA